AUACUUAAAUCUCUUUACCAUACUUGUCAUUGUUUAUGGAAAUACGAUAUUUCAGAGUUAUCGAUGGUUCACGAGAAUCCUAUUUGUCUUUCAAGGUCUUUUAAUACUGACCAAUACUGAUAUGACCCUUUUAAGACGAAUUCUGAGGGAACCUGUCUUCAGCAGACACUAGCAAGUCUCCCGAGGGUGUCCGCCUAAUACAUCCAGUUUGACUGUAGCUGGCUUCCUUUUGCAGUAAGAGUUUCCAGAAGUGGUUUCCAGUAUUGAAACAAUAUUCAUAUUUAAGUCAAGUGACGGCCGCUGUGUGGUGAUGAUGUGACGGCAUGCAGACUGAUCAAAUCUCAAGAUGUGACAAGCAUCAUAACGGCAUUUUUCCCACUACUGCUAAGCUUCCGUCCAAUUACAAUCUUUCUUUGUUUAUCUAAGGGCCACAGUGGAAAUUAAUGAAGCUCCAGUAAUUGUGUUUACCCUUCACUGAGUUAUUGUUAUAUAUUUACUUAACAGCAUUCUAUGUUAAGUGACGGUAUUUUGGGUUAUUUUGGCCACGUACUGACAAAAUUGCCUUUUAAAAACUGAUGAAACCUGAAAAUAAUAUAAAGUUUACUGAGAUAGAGAAACGCCGAAAAGAUAAUAAUAUACCAUUAAAAAACAAGAAUGGUUGAGGAUAGAGAAGAUUAACACGGAUAACAAACGAAGAAUUUGAAAAAUUCUUAGAUUCUCUGAACGUCUUAGACUCUGUACGUCUUACGCUCGCAUUGUUGAAAACUCUUUGAGAUCUCUGUCUUGCAAAGAAAAACCUCUAGUCGAGGUCCAACUGUAUAUGGAUUAUUGCAGGCUAUGGGCGUGAUAUCGUUUUUAUUCACGAGAUUUUAAUGCUCUAUCGCGAAUGAGCAGGUCUCUGGGGUGAGUGACUUUAAACUUAACUGCUUUAAACGUGACCAGGUUUGCGUAAUCAAUGUAUAAACGUCUGAAGUGAUUUCCAGUGUCUGAGACAUUUUAUUUGCUUCAGUCUAAUCUGCUCUCUUAAGUUGCUUUAAUUCGUAUUAACACAUCUGGAAGCGACGUGAUUGUUUUCUCCUGCCGUUUAACCCGGUCGUUUAAUUAAGCAUUUUUGCUUGAACAGGAAAAGUUUAAUUUCAGCCUGUUUUGCAUGACGUUCAUAAAAUCCUUGACCUCGUCCGUAUUGCGACAGUUUGUGACGGAAGCAGUUCCUUCUUUUUAGCUUCGAUAUCCUCAGACAUGCCUGCUGCUCACGUCCUGCUUAGAAACGUUCAUCCGAGCUGUGAUGAAAAUCUGUUUUGGUCCAAAAACAUCCAACGAAAGAAAACCCCCAGGGCUUCCCCCCAGCCCACUUUUUUUCACUUUCUCUCUUUUUGUUUGUUUGUUUUUCCCUCUUUUUAUAUGAUUAUUAUGUAAGUGCGUAUGUUUAAUCAGCAGUAUUGUGACUAAUUUUUAGUAUUUUUUCGUUGGUAGUAGUUGAAAAGUAAAAAAGCAGUCUAGCAUAAUUAAGUGCGUUGUAGAAAAAUAAAAUGCAGCAUGUAUGUAACUUAUAUGUUUAUGUAAUUUAUCUAUAAUAAAAAGGAGCAUCGUAAGUAAGCCAACUGUAAUUUAAUUAGUGUGAUUGUGAUUGUAUUGUAACUAGUGCAUGUCUAAAUAGUGUAAGUAUAAGCAGUGUAAGGAGCAAGUACAGUGUAAGUGUAAAUGUAAGUAUAAUAUUAGUACUGUAAGUAGCCGGUAAGUGUUCGUCCUGUAGAUAACUUGUAUUGAUUGUGAUGAUUGUGGGAGAAUCUAUAGAAGGUUCGCAGAAGCUUCUUCACAAAAACCAUUCAAGAACGUACAGAUUUUCAUUCCACAAAGUACAGAUUUUCACUUCGCAAAGUACAGGUUUCAUUUCGUUUCGUUGUGUUUCGUUUCGUAAAGUACCAUUUCGCAAAGUACAAUAAGCCGUCGUGAAGUGAUAUGAUGACUUGAUUGACGAAAAUAUCAAGACGUAAAACACCAUAGAGAUAACAGCGCAAAGUCAUGCACGUCGACUCAUUUUAAUUUCUCUGAAAUAAAGGUAGCCCUACUGUGGUUGACAAUCACUUGUUCUUCCGUAAUCCUUUAGCGGGUUUCAUGCAAGCGUCGCAGCGUGACGUAACGGAACAGGAAGUAAUUAAUUGACACGAGCAAUUUAAAAGCAUGUCAGCUUGCACAACUAGAGAAUUAUAUUUAUAUGCCGUCGUUGAUCACCGGCAACGCAUAUGCAUCCUUUGACUCAAAAAAUGAAGAUUCAUUUAAUAUUGACACCGCUUCUACUUCUCGUCUGCGAUGAAAUUCUCCCUUCGAUGACUGUUACACUUGCCUCGACGCGUCCCAAUUUUUACCCAUUUGGAGAGAGAGAAGGUGAUCGGCUUCUACCCAAAAAUGACGACGAAAGCUCUGGCUCGGUGUCGAUAUCGAUUCCUUUCCCUUACUUUGACCAGUAUCACAAUUCACUGUUUGUUAAUACCAAUGGCGUAAUUUCUUUUCUGGUGCAAGUUUCACAAUACACACCAGAUACAUUUCCUCUCGACGGUAAUCGUCGACUGGUGGCGCCAUUUUGGGCUGACGUUGAUACUCGGAAGGGAGGAGAUGUGUUCUACAGAGAGACCACGGAUCCAAACCUCCUCCAGCAAGCCACUAACCACGUUACUGCUACUUAUGUGGGUCAUCAAAACUUUAGAGCCACUUGGUUAUUUAUUGCCACAUGGAACGAAGUGGCUUUCUUUGGAGCUGAUAACAGUAAUCGUUUUAAGAGAAACACAUUCCAGACAAUCCUGAUUACAAACGGAAGACAUUCUUUUGUCAUCUUUAAUUACGGUAAAAUCACGUGGACUACUGGGACGGCUAGCGGAGGAAACGACGCAGGUCUCGGAGGUACCCCGGCGCAGGCAGGGUUUAAUGCCGGGGACGGUAUAAGAUAUUUCAACAUUCCUGGAUCUGCAACCGACCAAGUUAUGUUCAUAAGUAGCAAGUCUAAUGUUGGGAAGCCAGGUCGGUGGAUGUUUCGUAUUGACAGCGCAAAGAUCGAAGCUGGUGGCUGCAACACAAAAGGAUCGCUCGUGGUUUCACCGCGUUCAGGAAUUAUGCUUGGUGGCGACAACCUUAUCAUAUCUGGACCUUGUUACAAACCAACUGAUCAUAUCGUUUGUAAAUUUCCUGGUGGAAAAGUAAGCAACGGAAGUUAUGCAAGCAACAUCCGGGCAUCAUGUACUGUGCCCAUGCUUUUUGUUACUGGCAAGUUGGAAAUGAAAAUGUCCCUCAACGGAGGAAGACGUUUCGAUUUUAAAGGAAGUUUUACAGCAGUUAAUAUCAACAGGAUUAGGCCUCGUGUUACUCGACUGGCGCCAGCAACGUGGAAGGAGACUGUUCCUGUCAGGGUCACGUGGAACCCAGACCACCUCGGAAGCGAAAACCAGACUGUAGCCAUUGAAUUGGUGCGUUUCUCCAUGAAACGUGGCCGCGUGUAUUUUCACAGCAUGUUUUCUUUGAUAGCCGAACAACAGAAUACUGGAGAAGCUGGAGUCAGCGUGCCAAAAGGGCACGGACAAGGAGCUGUUGUUGGACACAGACGUUACGUUACACUGGUUCUAGUGAAAAAGACUGGCGAAAGACGCGAUAAUUCUCCGGCCGAGUGGAUUUGGAGCGAUCUGUUUUCCUGGCUAAGCUAUGAGUGGGGUGCCCAGAGAUGCAAGCACUGGUAUAAAAGACAACCCAAUCCAAAGAUAUAUACAGAUGAUGCUUCCCUUCUCCCUUGUCCACAAACGUUUCUUCAAGCUAUGGCAGACGGUGGGAGAUUCACGAUCGAUGAAUAUUGCAAUCCAAAAGUUGAGGACCGUUGUGUUAUUUAUCAUUUUGGGGCCAAGCACUGCUUCAGGACAAUCACUCCCAGUAACCAAGGUGCAGGACAACAAUGCUGCUACAACGAGCAGGGAAACUUAAUGGUCGGUCCCCAAAAUGGAGGAUCCUUGGAUCGAGUCCAUAUCGAGGCAGGAGUACCCGCUUUAUCUCAUUUCUUUCACGAUCUUGUGCCUUAUUUGGAUUGUUGUCUGCUGUCUGACAACUGCGCAAAAUACUUUGAAAAAAGACCCUCAGAUGACGGCUCCAAUUACGAACCUCCAAGACCAGCCACAGGUUUUGGCGAUCCGCAUAUGAUUACACUUGAUGGAGUGGAAUAUACCUUUAACGGUUACGGCGAGUAUGAAAUCCUCAAGGUAGCGGGCCCUGACUUUAAGCUGCAAGGACGAAUGCAGCCUUUGAUUAAUGAUGAUGACAGCAAAACUCGUGCCACAGUUUACAAAGCGUUUGCCAUGAAGGAAAAUGCCUCAGAUGUUGUACAGGUCCAUAUCAACGGUCGCAACGAAAUAGAGGUCUUGGUGAAUGGAGAUCGGAUGGAAUUUAAUGAGGAGUUGAUGAUGGAUUUUGACGGCGUCAUCAUUUUAAAAUACAACAAUACAUCGAAGUACUCCGCCAUUUUCAGCUCGGGGAUAUCAGUCACUGUUGAGAAGGCCGAAGACAUUUUACAAAUGAUGCUUUUGGUACCACCAAAGUUUCAGGGAAACACAAGUGGCCUUCUGGGUUUUUGGGACGGAGACCAAGAAAAGGAAUUCCUGCUUCCCAACGGAACUUUCCUGGAGACGACUUCUAGCCUGACCAGAAUUCACUUCGAGUUUGGGAGGCUGUGGGCUACAACUGCAAAUAACUCGUUAUUCACUUACGAUGAAGGCAAAAGUCACUCAUCUUAUUUCGAUGCUGGAUAUGUCCCGAUAUUUUUGGAUCAGGAUGACGUCGCGUUUGAUAACGCAACCCUCGGCCAGCAGGCUCGUGAGGUGUGUGGAGAUAACAAGCAAUGUCUGUUCGAUAUCCACACCACUGGGAAAGUCAGCAUUGGAAUGGCGUCUAAGCAAGCGGUGGAAUCAUUUGUUGCAAUUAUCAAUGAAACGGAGACACCAGGAUGCAGUCCAUUGGACAACACAGUUGGUAAUGGCACGGCACUAAGAAAUGAUACUAAAGAUGGCGGAAUCAUCUAUGAAUUUCAAUGUAACCCAGGCUUCCUGCUGAACGGCUCGUCUGUCAUAUCUUGUUUACACGGCCAGUGGAAUGGCUCAAAACCGAGCUGCAAUUACAAAGGUGAACAAAUACGUUGUUUAUUGAAUUUUAAUUGCUCUGUGAGUUUUUCCACGACUUUUGAGUGCCACAGGUUUUCCAGUUGCAAUACUGUUUUCUGCUAGGAGUACAUCUGCUUAUGCAAUGUCGCGCUACAAAGCACGGGUAUUAGAAACUCGAAAGUACAUUUUGAUUGAUACAUUUUGAUUGAUUUUCUUUUUUUCUUUCUUUCUUUCUUUCUUUUUUUUUUUU